AUGACAUUGUAUGGUGCUCUUCGCCCAAGAAGCGACAUUCAUCGAUUAUAUUUACCGAGAGAAAAGGGCGGAAGAGGUUUGAUCAGUUGUGAAGGAUGCAUUCGUACAGAGGAGAAUAGUUUGAAACGGUAUGUAAAGAACAGUGUGGAACCACUUUUACAACAAGUUGCAAAGACAGGUGUGAUUGAAACGGAAAGAUGCGAAACAAAAGAAAAUUUUAAGAAGAAAGCAGUAGAGGAGCUAGAGAAAGCCUGGAUUGACAAGAAAAUGUAUGGACAAUAUAACAGAGAUUUAGGUAAAGAAGUGGAUAGGGAGAAGACAUGGUGGUGACUGAAGAAAGGAGACUUCAAACCUGAGACUGAAGCACUUCUGUGUGCUGCACAAGAACAAGCUCUAAGGACAAAUUAUGUAAAGUUUCCCAUAGAUAGAACUGUUGAGUCUCCAUUCUGUAGAGUCUGUGGGGAAAAUGGAGAGCAUAUAACACACUUGAUAAGUGAAUGCAAGAAGCUAGCACAAAAAGAAUACAAACGAAGACGUAACAAUGUGGCUCGCAUUGUACACUGGAAGCUAUGUGGUUUGUACCAACUAGAGAAAGCUGAAAAUGGUAUGAACACCAACCAAACGGAGUAAUUGAAUCAGAUAAUGUAAAGAUUCUCUGAGAUUUUCGCAUACAGUGCGAUCAUGUGAUUGAAUGUCGAAGACCUGAUAUUGUAGUGGUUUUAAAGAAGGAAAAAGAAUGCAAGAUCAUCGACAUCGCAGUUCCAGGAGACUGUAAAAUUGGUAUAAAAGAAACAGAGAAG